UUCUUUUGUCUUUAUUCAAAUAUGCGUUUACAGAAUUUGAUUGUAUUGGUUUUAAUAGUAUCAGUAAUUAUAUUACAACAUACAAGCUCAGUCACUGGAUUCAAUAUUGAUGUGAAUCGUAAGAGAGCUGAUCAACACAUUAUACAGAUUAGUUACAUGACCAAACUGAAAUGGACAUAUAAGAAUAGACUUUAUAAAGUACUUAUAAAGGCAAGAUAUGAUUAUUAUUUAAUUCAACUGGAAGGAUAUUAUUCUAUUUUAAUCAUGUAUGAUACGAUGAAAGGAUGGUACACGACCAUUGCUGAAAGGAAGGAUAAAUGGAUAAAGAUGAAGACAAAGACAACUGAGGUUCAAGUGUCAUCCAGCUUCCACCAUUCAACAUCAGAGAGAAAGACGAUCGCUACUGAAGAUUCUGUUACGAUAGAUUCAGCAGCUAAAUACAUUAAUCAGCUUAUAUCAGGAUGGAAUCUUCAUCAACAGAGAACAGCAAGACGUAUACAAGUUCAUUGGAUUGAUGAAUCAGUUAGUAUCUAUAAUUCUAUAUCACAACUACUUGGGAGACAUAAUCAAGAAUGGGAAGAUUUAGUGACCACAUGGAAUAAACCUCUUUUAUUACCUGAUCAUCAACAACCUUAUCAUUAUCGUGAAGAUGAAGAUGAACAGCAUCUCGCUCUUUUAUUCUUGAAACAUGAUGUGCGUAUGAUGAAUCGAAAGAUACAACUUCUUUAUAAAAAGCAAUAUAAAGAAAUUAUGAAUUUAAAUUCACUUCAAUGUUCAGCAGAGAGGGCAUUAGGAAUGAAUAAUCAACGACGCAAUCAACACCAUUAUUCUAGUCUAUGUCAACAUUUAGAUGAGAUUCGAAAGGACAGUUUUCUAAAGACAAAGUAUUAUAUGAUUCAAAAAGUAGAAGCAACGUAUGAGGACAUGAAACGAAAAUUAGAUAAAUCCUUUUAUGCUCUAGAAGAAUCUAUCCUUGUACAAAAGGGACCUUAUUACUCAACUUUACAUCCAAAUAAUAUGUAUAUUGUAGAAUUAGGAAAUACUGAAAGACAAAACUUAUUACCAAAGAUGAAGCGGUUAUGGAUGGAUAGAGCCUAUGAUACAUUACAACCUGCUGCAACUAAAAGUUAUUGGUGGGAAGGCUUAUCAGAAGAUGUAUUCACUAUUUUGUAUCGACAUAUAAAGAUAAUGAAGAAUCAAAGUCAGAAGUCCUUUCACUUUAUUAUAUCAAAUUAUAUUCCUGUUAUAUACCUUUCGCUUUUAAUUUUAACAUGGCUUUUCUUUACAUAUUAGUCAAAAAAUAAUAAACUAUUGCUGUAUCAUUUAAAAUUAAGAUAAUAAUAAAAAGUAGUAGACAAACUUCUACUAGUGGCUUUUACAAUAACUUGAUUUGAGACAACACUAAUAAAAAAUAAAAAAAAAAGCAAGUAAUUGGCACAUGAAUAUUAUUUAAUGUCUCAUCUGUGCAAUGUGUGUUCAGCAAGAACAUUAAAAGCACUGUUAUUUUUUUAUUUUUCUAUUGGUGUUUGUACUUAUAAAAUACCUGUAUGGCUUGUUAGUAAUUUAUAGGUAGUAGCGGGAUAUUAACACAUUCAACAGCAUUAUAACAAUUACGACUGUAAUGUAGAAGAAUGGGAGGUAGACUAUCUAUUUUGAAAAAGGAAGAAAGAAGAAAGAAAGAAAGAAAGAAACAAUAAAUAGGAAUAGUAUAUACAAUUUACUUUUUAUAGCUUUAGAUAACAAGUUUAAAAAGAAUAACACUUUUAUUGUCUUUGCACAUUUUUUUUUUA